CGGGCUUGCACUUCCCCACGUGAAUCCCAGGCAGCGCGCUCCUAGGACCGACCCCGGGCGCGGCUCUGCGGGCGGCUGCAGUGGAACACCCCCCCCCCCCCCGUCCCCCCGCUCUGGCCCGGUAUGAAUCGCUACAUUCUGCCGCUAUCCGUGCUGGGCACGGCGGUGGGUGGCGCCGUGCUGCUCAAGGACUUUGUCGCCGGCGGGGCGUGUCCCAGCAAGACCACCAUUCCCGGGAAGACCGUCAUUGUGACCGGCGCCAACACGGGCAUCGGGAAACAGACCGCCUUGGAGCUGGCCAAGAGAGGAGGUACCAUCAUUCUGGCCUGUCGGGACUUGGAGAAGUGUGAGGCGGCAGCCAAGGAGAUUCGAGGGGAGACCCUUAAUCACCACGUCAACGCCCGGCACCUGGACUUGGCCUCCCUUAAGUCCAUCCGAGAGUUUGCAGCGAAGAUCAUUGAAGAGGAGGAGCGAGUGCACAUCCUGAUCAAUAACGCAGCCGUGAUGCGGUGCCCCCACUGGACCACCGAGGACGGCUUUGAGAUGCAGCUUGGCGUUAACUACCUGGGUCACUUUCUUUUGACGAACUUGCUGCUGGACAAGCUGAAAGCCUCUGCUCCUUCGCGCAUCAUCAACCUCUCGUCCUUGGCCCACGUUGCUGGGCACAUAGACUUCGAGGACUUGAACUGGGAGAAGAGGAAGUAUGACACUAAGGCAGCCUACUGCCAGAGCAAGCUGGCCGUUGUCCUCUUCACCAAGGAGCUGAGCCGGCGGCUGCAAGGCACGGGCGUGACUGUCAAUGCCUUGCACCCCGGCGUGGCCAGGACAGAGCUGGGCAGACACACGGGCAUGCACAGGUCCGCCUUCUCCAGCUUCACACUCGAUCUACCUGAAGUCUACCUAAAUCCUCCUGGAGAUGAAUACCUUCCCACUGUGACUGUGACUUCAGUCAUCAGCCUUCUACCUUUCCUCUUCCUCCUUAUCUUUCUCCUCUGCCGGUGCUGGUGUCGAGCCAAAAACACUCCAGCCCAGACAUGGACUUCCAGGAAGAAAAUCAACAUGGCAGGACUGGAUAAUCUGAAGGCUCUUCCUGGAAGCCUAUCCUCUCCUCUUUUCUGGCAGAUGAUGUCUCAGAGGAUAUCCCGCCUGAGGAGGACAGACAAAUGGACAUGCAUGUCCACGCAGAGGAAGACCUGCCGGAGUCUUCUGAGUCUUCUGCUCAGCUACACCAGGACCCCCUUACAGGGAGCGGGGAUUCACUCCCGUCCUGCACCACUGAGGAUUCCUCAAAAUAGCCCUGUGUGUAUGCCACCUUCACCUUGUCCAGAGAGCAGAGCCAGAACGGGCUGUGUGGACUCUAGGGUUCAAGUGCCCCUUAAGGAAAAUGGGGCUUCGUGAGUUGUCCUACUCAUGUACCCACGCCACUCAUCAUCUUGGAGCCCCUGCAAAGACUCAAGAAUAGAGAAGCCUUGUCAACCAUAAAGAAGUUCUGGGACGCAUCACAUAUCUCUCAACGGAUUCCUGGUGCCUUGUGUAUUUACCCACUCAUUUGCUUAUUUAACAGAUGUUCACAGAAGUUGACUCUUUCUUUGGACCUGUGCUGACGAUAUACAUAUUAGUAAGAUAUAGCUUCUGGUCUUUUUUUUUUCCUUCUAUUUUGAGUAUUGGUUUUUAUUUCAAAUCAAUGUCAAAGAGAACAAUUGCAAAGAUAGGACAAAAACUCCACUUUACCCUUCACUUGGCAUAGCUUCUGGUCUUAAGGAACUCAUGGUCUACUGAGAGAGGCAAAUCACAUGAUCUGGCCCUUAGAAAGCAGAGAGGGAGCAGGCAUUAGGGGUGAGCUGGGCCACUGAGCAGGAACAAUUGUCCAAGCAUGUUUAAGGAGAACUCACUGGUACCAAAUACAAGGAGAAGCCAAGAAGUAAGAGUCGGGCUUCCCCAGUGGGGCAGUGGUUAAGAAUCCGCCUGCCAAUGCAGGGGACUUGGAUUUGAGCCCUGGUCUGGGAAGAGCCCACAUACCAUGGAGCAACUAAGCCUGUGCGCCUGCGCUCUAGAGCCUGUGCUCCGCAAUAAGAGAAGCCACCGCGAUGAGAAGCCCACGCACUGCAAGGAAGGGUAGCCCCCCACUCGCCACAACUAGAGAAAGCUCGUGUGCAGAAACAAAGACCCAACGCAGCCAAAAAUAAAUAAAUAAAUAAAAUAAAUAAAUUUAUAAAAAGAAGUAAGAGUCAAAUUGGGCAAGGAGGAGGGCCUUUUCUGACGGUCCAGUGGUUAAGACUUGGCACUUCCACUGCAGGGGGCACGGGUUGGAUCCCUGGUCAGGGAAUUAAGAUCCUGCAUGCCACGUGACAAAAAAAUUGGGCAAGGAGGCAGUUCCUAAUGGCGUUUCAGUCUAAUGUUCUAGGAGUUUCUGAGAGCUGAAGCCUUCGAAGCAGCAAAAAAUGAACACGGAAAUGUUCUUUGUAAAGGAACCAAAUUGCAAUAAUUCAACUACAGAAGGGUUACUCUUGGGGAAGGGAAUGAUGCAGAGGGUGUUUAGGCCGGGGGUUUAUGGUUUUCCCCUAGUUUUGGUGAACUUCCCCCUUUAGUUAUGCAAUUAAAAUAAAUAGAACACAAACUUAAAAGCUUUUGCACAGCAAAGGAAAACAUAAACAAGACAAAAAGACAACCCUCAGAAUGGGAGAAAAUAUUUGCAAAUGAAGCAACUGACAAAGGAUUAAUCUCCAAAAUUUACAAGCAGCUCAUGCAGCUCAAUAUCAAAAAAACAAACAACCCAAUCCAAAAAUGGGCAGAAGACCUAAAUAGACAUUUCUCCAAAGAAGAUAUACAGAUUGCCAACAAACACAUGAAAGGAUGCUCAACAUCACUAAUCAUUAGAGAAAUGCAAAUCAAAACUACAGUGAGGUAUCACUUCACACCAGUCAGAAUGGCCAUCAUCAAAAAAUCUACAAACAAUAAAUGCUGGAGAGGGUGUGGAGAAAAGGGAACACUCUUGCACUGUUGGUGGGAAUGUAAAUUGAUACAGCCACUAUGGAGAACAUUAUGGAGGUUCCUUUAAAAACUAAAAAUAGAACUACCAUACGACCCAUCAAUCCCACUACUGGGCAUAUACCCUGAGAAAACUAUAAUUCAAAAAGAGUCAUGUACCACAAUGUUCAUUGCAGCUCUAUUUACAAUAGCCAGGACAUGGAAGCAACCUAAGUGUCCAUCAUCGGAUGAAUGGAUAAAGAAGAUGUGGCACAUAUAUACAAUGGAAUAUUACUCAGCCAUAAAAAGAAAUGAAAUUGAGUUAUUUGUAGUGAGGUGGAUGGACCUAGAGUCUGUCAUACAGAGUGAAGUAGGUCAGAAAGAGAAAAACAAAUACCGUAUGCUAAAACAUAUAUAUGGAAUCUAAAAAAAAAAAAAAGGUUCUGAAGAACCUAAGGGCAGGACAGGAAUAAAGACACAGACGUAGAGGAUGGACUUGAGGACAUGGGGAGGGGGAAGAGUAAGCUGGGACGAAGUGAGAGAGUGGCAUUGACAUAUAUACACUAUCAAAUGUAAAAUAGAUAGCUAGUGGGAAG